AAGGGUCGCGUCGCGGCGCCUCGUCUGUUUUAACACUCUCACCGGGCCGCUCGGUCGAUCAAUCGGACGUAGGACACGCACAACGAUCGUCGUCGAUCGUCGGAAGGAAGAAGGCAGGAAGAUAGGAAGGAAGGAAGGAAGGAUCAUCGGGAUCUCUCGCGGGCUGCACCCUCCGAAAGGACGUAGAGGAAGGAGCGAGUGAGAGAGAGCCAUGAGACUAGUGGCAGUGCUGACGUUGCUGUGUUGUCUGGCGGUAGGGACGCUCGCCUCGCCGGUGCCGAAAAUCGUCGACAGUAAGGUGUCGACGCAGAAUGUCGUCGAGACCGGCAGGCAGUCGCCCGCAGCAUCGCCCGUCUCCGACGACGACGACGACGACGACGACGACGACGAUGACGACGUCGAUCUAGACAUCACCGGCGACGACGACGACGACGACGACGACGACGACGACGACGAUGAUGACGACGACGAUGACGACGGCGACUACUUGGAGCGAUUCAUCGAGGAUAUACUCGGUGAAGAAGACGACGACGACGACGACGAUGACGAAGUGAAGCCAUCGACAUCGGUCCCGCCUGCGGCCCCUGCCGCGGCUCAACCCGCUCCAACCCCGUCACAGCAUGUACCCUUGGCUGUAGCGGCCGAUCUGGGCCAGGGAGUCGAGGAAGUCGCGGAGGAUGCCGGGGCAGGUGACGUAACUAGCGCCGAGGAGGACACCAGCAGCUACGAGGACGUCGAGGAGACCGUCGAAGGCCAGGCAGUGUCCGGCGUGCAAGAUCAGACCCUCGAAGGUGCCGAGUCCAUCUCGAAACCGGUAGUCCACGCGCCGCCGCAAGGCGUUGCGGCAGCCCCGAGCAACGACGACGAUGACGACGAUGACGACGACGACGACGACGACGACGUCGAUCUGGACAUUACAGACGACGACGACGACGACGACGAUGACGACGACGACGAUGACGAUGACGAUGACGACGACGAUGACGACGAAGUGGAUGACAUCGCCAACAUCGCCGGCGCUAGGCACGCACGUGGCAUGGAAUCUGAGCCGAGCGCCCAUGUGCCGGCGAUCUAUGUCGCGAAGUACAAUCGCUUCGUGGACAACAUCCUCGGCAAGAUCAACAACAUCCUGCGCGCGAAUUACGAACCAGUGACGGUGAAGUUGACGAAUCCGAGCUCGAACUCGAAGUCGAGCAAGGGCAAAAACAAGUUGAGGAAGAAGGGUAACAAGAACGGCACCAAGAAGAGCGCCUCGAGACCAGACGCGAGCGUCACCGAGAGGAGCGACAACGAGAACGUCGUCGAGAAACUGGCGCAGACCACCGAGUCCGUGAUGACACAAGCGGACAUGACGGAGAAGGAGCCAAUCGCGACCACGGUCGCGUCCGGAUCUCCCACGGAAGCGAGCGUGAGAGCCAGCAACAGACGCACCUCCAGUUCCGGCAGCAAGGGCUCCAACAAGAACCGCAAGCGGACGAAGAAUAGGACGAAGAACGGCAGCACGGGAAGCGGCAACAAGAACAAGACAAAGUCCAAGAGCAAGCCAAAGGCGAAGGCUACCUUGUACGGGCUGGCGUCUCUGCAGAGGACGGGCGACGUGUCGGUGAACAUGAUGAGCGACCAUACCACGAUCAAGACCAAGUUCAGCCUCGGUCCGCUGGUACUAAAAGUCGAGAAGGAGUUCGGUAGGGCCGCGAAGAAGGAGCUGAGAAGCGCGACUGCCACCACGGCCGAGAUGUCCGGCAAGCUGAGCUUACGCGUGCUACACGGCGGUGCGGCGACCUUGCAUUCUAUCAGAGUUUUGCAGCCUAAGCAGGUCCGGGUGGAAAGCGCGGACGACCACGACAGAACGCGGGAAUUCGUGUGGAAGAGGUCGUCGCAUAUCGCCCAUUUGGUGUCGCAGAAACUUUCCUCGGCCACCAGGUCGAUGCUGCGGCCGCCACCUGUCGCACCUGCCGCUUAAGUUGCAAAACGCCGGCGAUCGAGGUACCAUACGAUCGGGGACUCGUCGCGGCCGCCGCGCUUCGCCGCGUCGACCGGCCGAUCGUUUAGUGGUACAUACGUUGCCAUUCGUCAUCGGGUCGCGAAAGUCGCGCUCGAUGUAACUCCGGCGGAUGUAACUGGAUUCGUGCUGAUAAACAGCACGACGAUCGUCAUUUCUCACUCGAAAUAAUGCGGGUGAGAAGCGACACACUCGCGAGAGAAAGUAACGUCAACAGGAUGCACAUCAUGUCCCGCGUCUGAUGCGUUAUUUCUUCUUUUCUUCUUCUUUCUAACGACGGUUCGUCCGAUCGAUGAUUCGGAGUCGGUUUCUCCUAGGCAAAAAUCUCAGCUGCAGCUUAAAUAUAUUUUUAGCGCUCUUACAGUGGCAAAUCGGAGAGUAAGAGAGAGACUUCUUCGAGAAGAGAUGAGCUGCUGCUCGGGGAAGAACAAUUUCAAGCGGACUCUACUUCGCGCGAUUGCAUUUUUUUUGCAAUUUGGAUGCAACAAAGUCAUGAUAUCAGCAGUGGAAAAAUUGCGAGCCGCCUCGAUGGUUUUGCCAGAAAAGAACUGACUCCGAAUCGUGUAUGGGUAUGCGCAUUCAAAGAAAAAGCAUGUUCUUCAAAGUAAUACGAUAAAAAAGCAAGGAGAACUGCGGAUUUCACGUUGGACCGGCUUCGGAGGCGACCAUGCAUAACUUAUUUAUUAUUUAUUUAUUUAUUUGCCAUAGCUUGUAAUUCACUUUCAGAAAGUCUGAUAUAUGUACUCUAAAGAUACCUACGAUUAAUUAUCGAGAAAGUAUAGACACCAAGCCAUUACACAAGUUUAGGUCAUGUAUUUAGGCUAAUGUAAGGAAUAGCUGUUACGAGAGAAACACUAGAAUACAGAAUGUAUACACGAAUAA